AUGAUGGAAGAGAGCGGAAUAGAGACCACCCCGCCAGGGACUCCUCCUCCACAUCCUGCAGGACCAGCCGCGGCUGCUGUGUCUUCAACCCCCCUUCCUUCAGCUGCAAGCGGUUCCUUUUCUUCUCCAAAUGUGUCCUCCAUACAACCCUUGCCGCCGCACGUGUAUGCCACCCCCCAGCCGCCCCUCCCUCCCGUGAGGCCCUCUGCACCCUUGGUGCCGCCUUCACCCGUCCCUUCUGUCCCAGCGCUUGCUGCCUCCGUGCCACCUCCGGGUUCGCCAGCACCUGCUGCCGCCUUCACUAGCCCUGCUCUGUCCCACUUUCCUCCUCCAUCUUCUGCCCCAAACACGCUCUUACCUGCACCCUCUUCUGGUCCUCCCACAUCGGGGUUUUCUGUUGGGGCGGCUUAUGACAUUACAAGGGGACAUGCGGGAAGAGCUCCUCAGACACCCCUGAUGCCGUCGUUCUCUGCACCUCCCGUCACAGGUAUUUUGCCGACUCCCAUUACUCAGCAAGCCAGUUUGUCAUCUCUGGCACAGGGACCUGGAACCACAUCAGCCAUUACUUUUCCAGAGGAACAAGAAGAUCCCAGAGUUGGUAGAGGUCAGGAUGAAGCAUCUGCUGGCGGACUCUGGGGUUUUAUUAAGGGUGUGGCCGGAAAUCCCAUGGUGAAAUCUGUGCUUGACAAAACAAAACAUUCGGUAGAAAGUAUGAUUACGACGUUGGACCCUGGCAUGGCUCCGUAUAUCAAAUCUGGAGGUGAACUGGAUAUCGUAGUGACCUCGAAUAAAGAAGUGAAAGUUGCCGCCGUCCGAGAUGCCUUCCAGGAGGUCUUUGGCUUAGCUGUGGUGAUAGGGGAAGCUGGACAGUCCAAUAUUGCCCCACAGCCGGUCGGGUAUGCAGCUGGGUUAAAAGGUGCCCAGGAACGGAUAGAUAGUUUGCGUCGAACUGGAGUGAUCCAUGAAAAACAGAUUGCUGUGUCAGUAGAAAACUUCAUCGCAGAAUUGCUACCUGACAAGUGGUUUGACAUUGGCUGUUUGAUAGUUGAAGAUCCUGCCCAUGGCAUUCACCUUGAAACGUUUACCCAGGCCACACCAGUGCCUUUGGAAUUUGUACAACAGGCUCAAAGUCUCACUCCCCAAGACUACCAUCUGAGGUGGUCAGGCCUUUUGGUGACGGUGGGUGAAGUUCUGGAAAAGAGCUUAGUCAAUGUCACCCGGACUGACUGGCACAGGACGUUCACCGGCAUGUCUCGGCGACAGAUGAUCUACAGUGCGGCCAAAGCCCUUGCCGGCAUGUAUAGACAGCGCCUGCCCCCCAGGACCGUGUGA